ACGUGCUUCCGCCCACCGAGCGGAUCAAGUUUGAAUGAACAGCAGCAGCCAGCUCCUGAGGUGCUAGUUGCAUUUGCAGUAAUUAUUAAAAGUGUGUAUCGUAUCCUCUGAGUGCCGAUCAAGGAUGGACAUGAAGAAAAGAAUUCACCUGGAGCUGCGGAACCGCACUCCGUCAGAUGUCAAAGAACUUGUGCUGGACAACUGUCGCUCAAAUGAAGGCAAGAUUGAAGGCCUAACAGAUGAGUUCGAGGAGCUGGAAUUUCUAAGCACAAUCAAUGUUGGUCUGACGACAGUUGCCCACCUGCCAAAGCUAAAGAAACUCAAAAAGCUUGAACUCAGCGAUAACCGGAUCUCAGGAGGGCUAGAAGUUCUGGCGGAUAAGUGUCCGAACCUCACACAUCUGAACCUCAGCGGCAACAAGAUCAAAGACCUCAGCACAAUAGAACCAUUGAAAGAAUUGGGGUCCCUGAAAAGUCUAGAUCUGUUUAACUGUGAAGUAACAAAUCUGAACGAGUACAGAGACAACGUGUUCAAGCUCCUACCGCAGCUCACGUACCUGGACGGCUACGACAAAGACGACAAAGAGGCUCCUGACUCCGACGCUGAGGUUUACGCUGAGGGCUUGGAUGAUGAAGAGGAAGAUGAAGAUGAUGAGGAAGAGUACGAUGAAGACGCUCCGCCUGGAGACGAGGAUGAUGAAGAAGGAGAGGAUGAUGAAGAGGAGAAUGAAGAAGAGGAGGAAGAGGACCUGAGUGGGGAGGAAGAAGAAGAGGAGGACUUGAAUGACAAAGAGGUGUACGAUGAAGACGAUGAAGAAGAAGAGCGAGGUCAGAAGAGAAAACGGGAACAGGAUGAAGAAGGGGAGGAUGAUGAAGAUGACUGAGAGUCUGACGGAAGCUAAAUUGUGAUCCGUUUUAAACUUGUAUCUUCUGGUCACUUCCUUACAAACCCACAAAUAUUUUCCCUUGGUUUAAUAUUGCAGUAUGAGUGUUUUGCUUUGUUUGUUUUGUUUAUCUGAUUAUUGGCCAGUCAGGUUGACGGGGUGACUCCCCGUUCCUCUUAUAACCCCCAUGCUCCAGUCUUUACAGUCCACUUUUACCCACUUUGUGGACAACUGUUUUGUAAUAUUAAAUAAUAGCAGAGAGAAAAUCUUUUUGAAAAGGAAAACCAUUUUGUUUUCUCACCAUUUGUGUAAAACAAGAUAGAGAUUAGUUAUGCAUUUUAAAAAGCUCCCCCUUCAAAAACAAAAUUGAAAAAAAAAAGAAUGCAUGUCUUUUACAUUUUAAAGUCAACAACUGGAUUUCAUGUAUGGCUGUUCUCUCCUCGUCCUAGAUUUAUUGUUUUGCAUCAUCAUUUUUUUUUUGUCCUUAUAAUGUAAGUUAUGUAUUUGUAGUGUCACCAGUAAGCCAAUACUCUCUGCUGUCCUGGUCUGAAACCUUUUGUCUGAACAUGCACAGUGUGACCCUGGCAGGGCUUUUUUUAAAUGAAAAAAA